AACAGUGGCAAAUCCUGCAUCCCGACAACCACGUCAGCUAAGGACACAGCUUAGCCCCAUUAUCGCCCCUCUGGUUUUACUGCAUAGCAGGCUGAGCCAUGAACAUCUCUGAGGAGGGCCUCUACACCAGCGCCUCUCACCAAGAAAACAUUAUCUUUGCUGUGUUUUACAUCCUAAUUUUCAUCAUUGCUGUUCCUGGGAAUGCUUUGGCACUGUGGGCCUUCUUUCGUCAGGACAACACGUCUCCGUCUGUUGUUUUCCUGAGGCACCUUUCCAUAGCAGACAUCUCCUAUGUCCUUAUUUUACCCAUGCGUAUCGUUUACCACCUCUCUGACAGCCACUGGCCCUUCGGACAUGUGCUCUGUGAGUUAUCAGGCUUCCUCUUUUACCUUAACAUGUACUGCAGCCUCUACUUAAUGAGCCUGAUCAGCCUGGACAGAUUAGUUGCUGUGGUUUUCCCUAUUAAAUCAUACAGAAUCAGGAAGGCUAAAUAUGCAAAAGUGGCUGCUGGAGUUCUCUGGGGGAUAGUUAUUGUGUCCAUGAGUCCUAUACUUUUAUCUGUAGUGAAAGGGACCAGCAGUGCACCUGGCGUCUGCAACAAGCUGUACUUAGAAAAAACCUCUCCCACAGCUCUGAUUUCCACAAUAGUGGCAUUUGUUAUUCCCCUCACCACCAUAGUGGUUUCCUACAUCCUGAUUCUGUUGAAACUAAGAACAGUCAAACAAAAAGAAGAACGGCCGGUGAAGGAUAAGGCCAUCAAAAUGAUCGUGCUCAUCGUGAUGAACUUCCUGUUUGCUUUUGUACCCUACCAUGUGAGUCGAGUGAUAUAUAUCCAAUUUCACAGUCGUGGGAGUGUGAUUGCAGCAAGCUACGAGUCAGUGGGAAGAGCCAAUCACAUCACAUCGGCCCUCACCUGUGUCAGUGGUAUACUGGACCCGGCCAUGUACUUCUUCCUAAACCCAGGAUACAGGAACAAAUUACUCAAGUUGUUCUGUAAAAAUAAAGACAUUAAUCAAGCAAUGACUGUUUAGGUCACUGUUUAAAACCAAUGCAUGGAACUGUUGAACAUACUGUAUUUAUAUACCCACUUCUUUAUCACCAAGACAUCCUUUAAAAUGUUAUAUUCUGAGAAAUGUUUGUGUGCAACCUUCAAGUGUUAUUAAAAACCUAUGACAUA